AUGGCCGCUUUGAUACUAAAUAACUUAUUUCCUUUCUUUCUUUCUUUCUUUCUUUCUUUCUUUCUUUCUUUCUUUAACUCUUACUUUUUUCAGUAUUUCUUUAACUCUUUCAUUCAUUCUUUCAUAAUCAUUUCUUUUCCCGUUUCUUUUUUUCCUUCCUUCAUCCUUUUUAUCUUUCAACGUUUCAUUCUUUCUUUCCUUCAUUUAUACAUAAUUUUCUUUCUUUCUUUCUUUCUUUUUUUCUUUCUUUUACUCUCCCUUUUUCAUUCUUUCUUUCUUUCAGUAUUUCUUUAUUUCAUCGCUUCUUUCUUUCUUUCUUUCUAUCUUUCUUUCUUUCUUUCACUCUUCCUUUCUUUUACUCUUUCUUUCGUUCACUCUUUCUUUCUUUCUUUAGUCUUUCUUUCAGUCACUCUUUCUUUCUUUCUUUCUUUCUUUCUUUCUUUCUUUCUUUCUUUUACUCUUCCUUUCGUUCACUCUUUCUUUCUUUCUUUCUUUCUUUCUUUCUUUUACCCUUCCUUUCUUUUACUCUUUCUUUCUUUUCUUUCUUCCUUUCUUUUCUUUCUUUUCUUUUCUUUCUUUCUUUUCUUUUCUUUCUUUCUUUUACUCUUCCUUUCUUUUCACUCUUUCUUUCUUUCUUUUGUUUUUCUUUCUUUCCUUUUUUUUUUACUUCUUUCUUUCUUUCUUUCUUUCUUUCUUUUGUCUUUCUUUCGGUCACUCUUUCUUUCUUUCUUUCUUUCUUUCUUUAGUCUUUCUUUCGGUUACUCUUUCUUUCUUUCUCUCACUCUUUCUUUCUUUUACUCUUCCUUUCUUUCAAUCUUUCUUUCUUUCUUUUACUCUUCCUUUUUCAUUCUUUCUUUCUUUCAGUAUUUCUUUCUUUCUUUCUUUCUUUAUAUUUCUUUCUUUCUUUCUUUCUUUAGUCUUUCUUUCGGUCACACUUUCUUUCUUUCUUUCUUUAGUCUUUCUUUCGGUCACUCUUUCUUUCUUUCUUUCUUUAGUCUUUCUUUCGGUCACUCUUUCUUUCUUUCUUUCUUUCUUUCUUUCUUUCUUUCUUUCUUUCUUUCACUCUUUCUUUCAUCGUUUCUUUCUUUCUUUUCUUCUUUAACCUCUUUAGACGUCUCACAAAGAGAGAAGAUCCCGAAAUCCCUCGUACAUUGGAUAUAG